AUGUCAUCGAACACCAAGCGAGCAGAAGACGCCCGCCAGCGAGGGAACGAGCUUUACAGAGCUGCCAUCAAAGCCUACAAACUAGCUGCAACAUUCGAUUCCUCGGACCCCGCACCCUUAUCCAAUUUGUCCGCCGCCACUUUUGAGACAGGAGAGUACGAGAAAAGCAUACAGUAUUCUACUGAGGCUCUAGCUCUGCUGGAGCAAGAGGCCGACGAUGAUCCUCGAAAGCAAAAGUUGCUCACUCGCCUCACCAAAGCCAAGCGAUACCACUGCGAGCCCGACGACUCUAUCGCCAAGGAGUCACUUCGGAAGACUGUUUUUCGCUUACCGAGAUACAGGCCUCAUUUGACUAAUGAGAAAAGCUACUAUCCUUCUGGCCACGAUGUUCCGGAGCCCCAGUAUGGCCCCACACUUCGGAGAACAACAAAAAACGCGCCAGUUGUAUCACUUAUGUUCUGCGGAAUUGGCGAUGCUCGGAACAUGCUGCAAACUAUACUAAAUUAUCAUGUGUCUGGCCCCAAGUCUCACGAGUCUGAUCAAAGGCUACAUCUUACUAUCUUGGAUUUCAAACCCGCUAUCAUAGCACGCGACUUGAUCUUAUUGGCCCUCUUGGACGAUAUCUCUCUGACCAUGGGGUUAACCGAUGACAAAAAGUCCAACUUGGGAAAAGAACAAUCCUGCCAGCUCGUCGAGACACUCAAUGUAGCAUCAUAUUUUUAUGCGACUCAAGUUAUGCCCGCUUAUGCUUGGGAUCGAAUUCAAGCAGUUAUCCAACGUCUUCUCGACUGCUUUGACAAUUCAGAGCAACCGAUAUCUUGGGUGUACGUUCCAGUCGCGGUCCAGGCAACGAUCCGACCUUGGCUCGAAUCUUGGAAACGAGGGCCAACUAGUUUAUAUUCAACUCAACGCUUUCGCGAGCUCAUCAAGCAACAUGAAUUUCAAACUAGGAUGAGCAUAAUGAGCAUGACCGGAGGAGACUAUGAUCCGGAACAAUCGUUUCCCCACCUCCACUUUGACCAACGUGUCUACAAAAACUUCUCAAUCGUCUUACCCCUUGACGAGCUGCUAAUGGCACGCGAUCCCAACCUGCUCCCGAUGAUCAAGGAUUAUCGAAAGAACGACAAUAGUGUGAAAGAGCGUUUGUCUGCUCAUAUUGACAGUCAAUGGAAACCCAAUCUUACGCUGGCCGAUAUCGUGUGGGAGAAUGAAAACACCAGGCCUGGAUCUCUGCCGCACCCGGACAUGAGUUUCUCGCCAUUCGAAAUCAUCAGGGACCUUAUGAUGGGCUUUCUAGGCGAAAAAGGAACUUCCCGAUCGAGUGGAAACACACUCAUGAGCAUCGCACAAUAUUAUUUCAUGGUGCUCGGCAAAGCUAUUUCUAGCCUUCGCGAUCGUAUGAUGGUAGAGGUUUGCUUCGGAGAGAUGGCCGAAAGUCUCGAACAAAUGCAAUAUCAAACCUUUGACCGCUCCACGGAGACUGAAUCCAAGGAUUACUUGACAUCUUCAAAGUGGCCGCACAAAUAUCAUAUCAUCCAUAUGAGCAAUAUCCCAAACAGACCAAGUGAUCUAACUGAAUACAACAUCAGUGACUACGUUGGUGGUCCUUUCACAUCUUUCCUGUGCGGUGCGCCGCUCCUCGAAUAUGGCCCAGGAACCGGACUCAACUCGUGCAAUCUUCGCAACCCGCCCCAAUUCGAAACCGUCUCACACUUUCUCUCGGAGUACCUUCUCAUGUACGAUCGAAACUUGAUCCGCUCCCACUUUCAGUUGAAGAUUUCCUCCGAAACUCCUGAGGAGACAGCAGGCCCGAUGCCCACGAUCCAGUACUUAAUCUGGGAACGUGUCCCACAACAGCCCAUGACUUUCGAACAGCUUAUGCCUCAGACGAAGCUUUUGCACUGGCUAUACGCCUAUUUUCUUAAAAUCUGCCUUCCUUACCCACGUACCAAGCUUGAAGGUGACGCAACAAUGAUUUUUUCCCCGCACAAUAUGACUGCAUUUCUUCGUUUGGUGAUGCGCGUGUCUGAAUUGGAAUACCCGGCUCACUGGAUUUCUAAUCUGAUCGAGUCCAUCCUGUCGGGAAAGAUUAACACAACUGCUCGCCCACCGCCGCGACAGGUUUGUACUCCGAGAGACGUCGACACGAUACACCCAACACGAUCUUUUUCCACUACACCGUGGACUCUGGAGUUCGCGACCCUGACAGGAAUGUGGCGCUCAAUAUUACGUGCCGGACUCGUUAUAGCUUCGGCUGUUCCUCGCAUCGAGGAUAUCGUAGAGUACACUGUCAAAUUUCCUGGUUUGGAGAUAUGGGAUGGUCGAGCCCCACAUUCGAUGCUCGUAUUCUACGAUCAACAAACAUUUGGAAAGCCGCCCCGAAACUUACGACCAAUUUUAAUGGACGAAGGAAGAGAAGUGGAUCCCAAGUCACGCAAGAUCCGGGAUACCGGUCUACAUUGUGUGAGCACAUUCCAUUGGAGGGUAAAUGCUCAGGAAGCUACAUUUUGGAUGUCAAAAGACGCUUUUGAAAGUAUUAAAAGUUGGAAAGUUUAUAUGUGGAGAACUGAUUCGUGGGAGAAGGAGGGCAAGGGGGUAAAGUUGGAAAAUGCCGCUGUAAAGAAAAAGUGUUGGGGAGAGUGGGGAGAUCCACCAAAGCUCAUGUAAAGAAAGAUGUAAAUUGUUAAAACUGUAUGUAGUAGUUCUUCAACCCUUACUGGGCAAUCAUCAAAUAUUCAUCGCCAUUCGACAUCCACAAUCCAGCUAUAAUGCACAAGUCAAAAUUAGGCCCCUAAGCUCGCACUGGGUUCCCACAUGAGCGGUCUCUUCACUUGAUGUACACACCAUAAUUUUUCUAUGAAAUGAGCUCUCAAUGAGAUAUUUAGC